AUGGAGCUGCCUAAUUUGGGAAAAAAUUGUUCAUUUUGGCAAUGCAAUAAACUAGAUUUUUUGCCUGUGAAAUGUGAUGCAUGUCAGAAUAUAUUCUGCAAGGAUCAUUAUUCAUAUGUUCAUCAUAGCUGUCCAAACAGACACCUCCGAGACAAUCAGAUUCCAAUGUGUCCCCUGUGUAGCAAGGCUGUGCCAGUAAAAUUUGAGAAAGGAGAGACGGCUGAUCAGGUGGUUGGCAGGCAUAUUGACAAUGAUUGUCAGUCUGAUGCUGCUGAGAUGAAGAGAAAAAAGGUGUAUAAUAACAGGUGCAAUGUGAAAGGCUGCAAGCAGAAGGAGAUGAUAAAAUUCGAAUGUUACAAGUGCCAACUGAACUUUUGCUUAAAGCACCGACUUGACAUUGAUCACAGUUGCAAAGGU